AUGGCCGCCGCCGCUCUGAACAAGCCCCCAUGUACCCAGGCACAGGUGGAGGCCCUCGGCGAGACGAUCGAACCCGGAAAGGCCCUGCCUGCGCUCUUUGCGCUGCUGGGGAAAGAUGGCGAGGAUGGUGCUGGGCCCAGCCGCUUGGGGCAAGCCUACCUGGUGCGAACGAGGCAUGGUGGUUUUCUGGUUGUUUUGCCUUUCGACGACCGUGUCAUCGAGGCCAUGCGUGCGCUAAAGUCCGACGAUGGCGAGGAUCUGGUCUUGGAGCACCGUGCCAGGGUGGAGCUGGAGACGGUGCGUGGGCGCACACUCGGCAAGCACGACGUCUACUUCGUGGAUGUGCCCUGGGAAGGGGUAAGUGGCUUCACAAAGAGCCACCCUCUGCGAGGGGCAGCUGCCCGCGAACUCCGACUGACUGCCUUCUCCGCCGAGGGCGUCUCCGCGCGCCCACGAACUGUAAGCGUGCUGCGGGCAGCGGCGCGCUGGGUUCAGACGGCCAUGGACAGCUCUACAGCCGCCGAGUAUGUCACCGGCGAGGACGAAGAAACUGGGAUGGGGGUGCCAGAGACCGCUGUCCUGUCCGAGGACGAGGCGGAGGUCGAUGGCCAGCCCGUGGAAGAGCAGGAGAUGGUGAGCUUCUUGCAGGACCGGAUUCGACAACUCGAGGCUGUCCUGAACCAGAGGCCCCAACCACAAGACGAUCGGACCGCCAGUGGACGCUCGGCGCCUCUUCUGGCGAGACCCUCCCAAGGCUUGGACACUGGGGCCCUCGAGCGACUGCGCAGCUUGGCGGGACCUCCUCCGCGGCAGCCUCUUCUGGGGCAGACCCCAAAGGUUGCAGCUCCACGCCCACCAGCUGUUCUCCGAGAUUCUCUCUUCAGGGAAGCAGAGCUGGGGGCCUUACCGGAAGUUGCAGCCGAGGACCCGUUUGUCGGGGCCGACUCAGCACCGGAUCCCCUGCACCAGCUACUGGCUCUGUUGGUGGAUCGUGUAGCGCCGGCAAAGCAGCAGGACGCCGUAGCAGCAGCGCGAAGCAGCGGCCAGGGCAGCGGAAGCGACAGCUCAGGCAUAAAAGGAUGCUUGGCGAGGGAAGCCUUUUUGCGGCAGAUCCAAGACCUCCCGACAGUGGGGGAGAUCGCUCGUGUCAACGCGCUCCGCGAUCUGGGGCUCGACAGAGAAGAUCCGAGUCUGAUGAAGACCUGCAUAGAAAGAAGAUUCCCGCUUACCAACCACCGCCUCCUGGGGCACGUAGCCCAGUUCGCGGCAGAGGGGUGGGAGGCAGGAGUGCGGCUCCAGAAUCCCGAGCUUCGGGGCUUCGCCGCCCGUCUUCUGAUAUUUGUGGAACAAGCUUCGCUGGACAGCGGACGCCUGCAGCUCGCGUGGCUGCUCGGCGGCUACGCUGAGCCGCCUCCCCAGCUGUGGAACAACAGCCGACGGAGCUCCCUCAAGCCGUUUUCUUCCCUGGCACACCCCAGCUGGGUAGCCGGCAACAUCGCUUUUCUUCGAGACCUCGAUUAUUUCGAGAAUCGGAUGAGUUCCCUCAACAACAAGGAGGGCCGAGCGACGUCAAGAGGAUGUCGACACUCCUGGAACCGAUGCAAACGCAGCGGCCCCGAGUUGGCGCCGUCGAAAGCCAAAGGCAAAGGCGAGCAGCACAGCGUAGAUGGGGGCCUGGGCUCUUUUGAAGGCCGUGGGGUUUUGGGCCGCGGCUACCGUCCCGCAAGUGGUGGCAGCCACGAGUUCCCUGAGCGGCCUUUGCCUGACCUGGACCCCAGUUCUACAAAGCCCCUUUGCCCGGCUGAAUUAGUUCAGUACACUCUCCGCCGCAGUUGCAAGUCCAGACGCCGGCGCCGGUAUUUUCAGACCCGCGCCCACCUUCUCCAGGCUCUGGGUCGCUGUGGCCCUAAGUUUUCUGCAUUUGCUAGCGUUGCACAGGAACUGCCGAGCAACAAUCGCAUGGAUGUGGACCUCUUUGCUAAAUUAGCUAAAGCUUUGCAUGUUGACUUUGAUGCUUAUAGUAAAGCGGAGGCCUCGCGUGAGCCUAGUGCCCCGGAGCCUGCACCUAUGAGCACAGCCAAUGUCAGGGACACAGGUUCGCUGGAGGCCUCUGUGUUGCCUAGCGCCCCUGCUCGCGCGUCAGCGGGUGGCUCUCCCGCAGAGACUCUCUCGCGCUCGCUGCGUGAGUUGGAUACCUUGAAGGUGACUGCAUCCCGCAUAAAAUGGAAACACCCCCCAGAGUUCGAUCCCCUACCAUACCUCGACGACCCUCUUCUGAGAGCUGCAUACAUCGACCCCGAGGACCUGGAGUGGGACAGACUUAUCAUCAAUCCAACUGUGGUCAAUGGGCGCAUGCUUACCCGCAACACCUUCUCCAAAGGCCUGUCGCCGGGUUGGCUCUUGAGUUCCUUGCAUCUCCAGCCUUUUGAAGGCCUGCGUUAUCAUGCUGCUGACUUGUCAGACUUUUACCACAGCUUUAAAGUUUCAAGGCGCCGCGCGCUGCGCAACCGGGUUCGCGCACGCUUUCAUGCUCAUGAGCUCCGCGGACUCAGCUCCUUCGAUCCUUCCCUCCGAGAACCCCUCGGGAUCGGACUGAACACGCUCGCAAUGGGCGAUAACCUUGCUGUUGAAGUAGCUCAGGCUGCUCACACCGGCUUGUUACGCAAACUUUGUGGCUGCAUGUUGCCUGGAGAAGUGCUGCGCUACAGGGAGCCCGUCCCACGUGGCUCCCUCAUUGAAGCUUUAGCUAUCGAUGACCACGUCUGUCUGCAAAAGCUUCCUCUGGCCGAGCUUCCCUUCGCUGAUGAUGCUCGUGAUGCUCGCAUCUUUGGCAUGGCUGCCGAUGCCUAUGCUGGGGUGGGUCUGCACCAAAACCGCAAGAAGGACAAAGUCAAGUGCACCUCGGGGGUUGUCCUUGGGGCCGAGCUGGAUGGGAUCAAGGGGGUCGUUUGCGCGCCACGGGAGCGCGUCCACUGCCUCUGCAUGCUCACGGGUUUUGUUGCCCGUCGUGGUUCGUGUACGCCCGAACUACUCGAUUCCCUUUUGGGAUGCUGGAUCCACGUCCUUUUGUUCCGACGCCCGCUGUUUUGCAUCAUUGAUGGCUUGUUCGGUGAAGGGAAGGGUUAUGGUCGUACUCGGGUCUUCAGGUUGUCACAAAAGGCACGUAACGAACUGUUCCUCCUUUCGGUGUUAGGCGGUUUAGCGCAGAGCGACCUUAGAGCCCAGUACCAUGACAGCCUGUUUGCCCUCGAUGCCUCGCCCUGGGGGGGAGCUGUGUGUAGCGCCGCUGUUGGCGCUCAGGCAUCAGCUGAGCUCUGGAGGUACGGGGAACAGAGGGGUUACUACACCCGCCUCGCUUCGCCGGCCUCGGCUGUUCUGCUCGAGCACUCGAUAGAGCAUGAUGGGGAUCGCGCUUUUGGAGAUACAACGAUUGGUGACACAGACCAUCGCGCUCCUUUGCGCCCGUUCAACUUAACGCGCCCUUUGGCCGAAGGUAUCCUCUAUGAUGCCGUUGAGCUGUUCAGGGGUGUAGGGAACUGGUCCGAGGCGCAUGCCAAGGUGGGGCUCAGGGUCCAUUCGGGGCUUAGCGCUAAAACUUGUAAAGGGCUCUCGGCUGAUAUCCUUGACGAUGCCGUGUGCCGGGAUCUCAUGUCGCUUGCGGCUCGCCGAGUCGUCAGAGAAUGGCAUGCUGGCGUGCCGGGCCACACCUAUGGGACGCUCCGAAGGCGCGCAGCCCUGAUCCUGACACUGGCUGUUCGCUGCGGCCAGCUCAUCUCAGUCGAGCAACCUUCUGGCAGCUGCCUGUACCGCUUGGCGUGCUUUCAAAGGCUAGCCAGUCUGGGCUGUGUACUCACCAGCUUUUGCUUUUGCUCGUUUGGUUCUCCUUUCCGAAAGCGCUCCUUAUGGCUGCACAAUAAGCCAUGGGUAGCCGAGCUUGCAGGGGAUUGCGUUUGUAAGUGGAAGGGAAAGCAUUUCAGCGCACGGGGGUGGCAUUUCGACAGCAAGAGUGUUCGUGAGUUUGUCUCUCGCUGCAGGCCUUCCUGUGAAGCAGUCUACGGGGCUGCCCCUGUGCCCGGUCAGUCUGUUGCCAGCUUUUCUGGAAGCUACCCUAAACCGCUGGUUCUUCGAAUGGCUGCCGGCUCCUUGGCCGCUAAAGAUGGGCUGCUGCAGCCGCUGAGCAAGGACCUGCAGAGCGCCACCUUGAAGCGCCUGGGAGUCACGGAACCCGCUGAGUUCGACUGCCGUGUGGGCGCCGAAGAGCCCUUUGCAGCCCGGGCCUGGCAUGAGGACCCCCCAUGGGUCUCCGAGCUGGGACCGCUUGACACCGAAGCAGGGUACGCUCCGAGCACCACGCACAAGAUGCGGAAAGCCUUUGCUGCCUUUGUCGAGUACCUCGUAGCUGUGCAGGGCGUGGUGGCCGAGAGUGUCUUUGAGGACAACCGCGCCACCGAGGCUGCUCUCAGAAGCUUUGGUCUGCAUCUCUUCGAGCAUGGCUUUCCUCGAUAUCUUCUGGUUUAUGCGAUCACUGCUGUGCAAAACCGCUUCCCUGCUUAUCGACAUCAUCUCGCGGCUGCCUGGCAAGUCGAUUUGAAAUGGAGGCUUGCUGAACCAGGCGAAUGCCGCGCAGUCCUUCCGGCCGGGGCCAUCAGGGCGAUGCUCGCUCUCGGUGCUUUGUGGGGCUGGCGCGCUUGGACUGGCCUUCUCUUGCUCGGCUUUCUCGCCAUGCUACACCCUGCUGAGAUGAUUGGGCUCACCAGGCGCGAUCUUGUCUUUCCUGCUGACAAUCUUGGUCAUGUGCGGUGUCUCUAUGUGAGGCUCUUGAAUCCGAAAACUUCUCGCUUCGCACAUCGCCAACACGGCAAGAUCGACGACAUGUUCGCGGUUGAGAUCCUCGAGACCAUCUUCGGUGCAUUACCCCGCGAUGCCUUGCUUUAUCCUGCGUCGAUGCACACCUUUCGACGUUACUGGGAUAUGGCGUUACAGCGCCUGGAAAUUCCUUGCAGGGCUGCCGAUCGCGGAGCUACCCCUGGUGUUCUUCGUGGAUCGGGAGCAACUUAUUUUUACCAGCAAACAGAAAACCUCCAGCUCUUGGCAUGGCGAGGACGUUGGUCAAGGAUGAGAACCCUGGAGUAUUAUCUACAGGAGGUAGCUGCCCAGAUGCUUCUUGGCGAACUCGCCCCGGGAGCCAGAGCUCGCGUCGGAGCCCUUGACCAAGCCUGCGACCAAGUUCUUUACACAGUCUUCUGUUGCGGCGGUGCUUCGCAGUAUUGA